UUCAUUCAGUGUAAAUAUAAUCCAUUGCUACAUACACUAAGGGAAAGUAACGGCGCACUUAGUGCAAGUAGAAAUUCGGUCUUCUUUCCGUGCAUGUGACGUUUUGGCGUCGUCCACGUAGGUGAAUAGAGUUAAGUGGCGCGCGCGUGAGCAGCUCUUUAAUCCCACACAUCUGCUCCACAUGCUGCAUCCACUCCGUGUUUUCCGUCAGCCUCAGCCGAGGCGCUAUCCAGCAUUAUGUGGACAAAACGGUUUAACGGGGCACAUUAACUGCAGAAAACAGCGUGGAUGGCGCGAGAUGCGGGAUGCCCGUGGAUCGGCGCGGAUCACCGACGAGCGUCACACAGCAGCGGGAUAUGAAACAGCGUUUCUAAUGAAGGCUGCGCUUGCUGUGGAUGAAUCCGGCUGGAGAUGAUGCUGCGUCCGCGGGGUCUCGUAGCUCAAGUGGAGGGAUCUCACAUACUUCUGCUCAUCCUGGGCAAACGCGCACGUUAAGUCUGACUCCUUCUGACAUUAUUUCUAGCAAAGAACAGCCGUGUUUGUCGGCGAAGACCUCGUAGAUUUGACUGACAGAUGUCUUGUGAUGAAUGACUGCAGUUUCGGACCCUUUGCUGUGACUCUUUGAAGUAUGUAAAUAAAUUCCCCAUGUGGAUUUUAUUUAUAAGAACAUGUGAAUACGGAUGAAAGCGCGCAGGAGGACUCUAUAUUCAAGAUGCAUUUUACCCAUUCAAAAUGAUGCGAUUCGCUGGAUUCCGAACACCAAAAUCAUUUAUGGCCUUUGUGAUGAGAAGAUGGAAAAUCUUACUGGUGCUGAAUGUGUUUACGAUGGCUGGCUUCAUCACUUUUUGGGGCAAGUGCAAUUUACGCACAACCAAAGCUGUUGGUCAACAGGCGGUGGCUGCUGAUGUGAGAGGACAGACGCAUCUGAAUGGAUCUGUUCAGGAGAUCAGCAUCACUCAUGAUGUGCUCUUAAAGAGACUGGGGUCACUGGAGGAUGUAGUGUACAGACAACUGAAUGGUUUGUCCAAGUCUCUUGGGCUCAUUGAAGGUUUUGGAGGCCGAGGUAGAGGAGGUCUACCAGCAACACUUACACCAGAGGAAGAAAAGGAGGCCAAAUACCUGAGGGAGAAAUAUGGCUACAAUGCAUUUCUGAGCGACAAAAUCUCUCUCGAUAGAUCUAUUCCAGAUUAUCGACCCAGCAAAUGCAAAAAGGCCUUAUAUCCCCGUGACCUGCCACAGAUCUCCAUCAUUUUCAUCUUCGUAAAUGAGGCGUUGUCUGUCAUACUGCGUUCAGUCCAUUCAGCUGUCAACCACACACCAGCUCAUCUCCUAAAGGAAAUCAUCUUAGUGGAUGACAACAGCGAUGACGUACAACUGAAAGGGCCACUGGAGGAGUAUGUCAACAAGCGCUACCCGGGUCUUAUCAAAAUAGUGCGCAAUCAGAAGAGAGAGGGUCUCAUCCGGGCUCGCAUCGAAGGCUGGAAAGUGGCCACUGGGGAGGUGACUGGCUUCUUUGAUGCCCAUGUUGAGUUCACGCCUGCAUGGGCUGAACCAGUUCUGUCUAGAAUCAAGGAGAACCACAAGAGGAUCAUACUGCCCUCCAUAGAUAACAUUAAAGACGAGACGUUUGAGCUGGAACGCUAUGAGAACUCAGGCCAUGGUUAUAACUGGGAGCUCUGGUGUAUGUAUAUCAGCCCACCGAAACAGUGGUGGGAUGAAGGAGACACUUCUGCACCUAUCAGGACGCCUGCAAUGAUAGGCUGCUCUUUUGUGGUAAACCGGGAAUACUUUGGGGAGUUGGGCCUACUGGACGCAGGGAUGGACGUGUAUGGAGGCGAAAAUAUAGAGCUGGGAAUCAGGGUUUGGCUGUGUGGGGGAAGCAUGGAAGUUCUGCCUUGUUCCAGAGUAGCUCAUAUUGCAAGAACAAAAAAGCCCUACCACAGUAACAUAGCCUUUCACACGAGGCGCAAUGCACUUCGAGUGGCAGAAGUCUGGAUGGACCAAUACAAAUCAAAUGUCUAUUUGGCAUGGAACCUUCCGAUGAAGAACCAUGGUAUUGACUAUGGAGACAUAUCCCAGAGAUUAGCACUCAGGAAAAGACUCCAGUGCAAAAACUUUGAGUGGUACCUCGACAAUAUUUAUCCAGAGAUGAGGAGAUACAACAACACUGUCUUUUAUGGAGAGAUACGCAAUACCAAUGUGACCCAUCUGUGUGUAGACCAGGGCAUAAAGGAAAACCACACAGCAACUCUGCACCCCUGCCAUGGUUGGGGCCCUCAGCUGGGUCGCUACACUAAGGAGGGUUAUCUUUUCCUGGGUCCUCUGGGAAGCACUGGCGAAGAUACGCGGUGUGUGGUGGACGAUAAAAUCAGCAGCUACCCACAGCUCCUGAAUUGUGAGAAAGUCUCCAGCGUACGCCAGAAAACAUGGCACUUUGCACAGAAUGAAGCAAUCAUCAACCGAGCUACAGGACGCUGUCUUGAGGUAGUGCCGGCUAAUGUCUACUUCGGCUACGCUCUGAUCCUGCGUUCCUGCACUGGCCAGAAGUGGAACAUCAAGAAUUUGAUGAAGCAGGACUGAGGGCAGUGAGUUAGCAAACUUAGAAAGUUGGGAAUCUCUAUGGCCUUCAUUGAACUUUAGAAAAUGGAGCCAGUUUUGUGGAAAUCAAGGGGUGCCGAUCAUGUUUGCGUGUUUUGGGUUUUUGGUCUUAUUACAUUCCACAGUACAAAAAAACUGACAUUGAAAGAACCACUGCAUACAGUAGCUUCCUCAGAUUUCCAUCUUCUGGAAAACCUCUAGACAUCCUUUCAAAAAUGACGGCUCUCUGAGGAACACUGGAUUUCGUAAGUUGCAAGAACUGUAAAGAACAUCGAUAGCUCCUCCAGUAACCUCGCUGUAAUUAAAUAUUCUGAAGCACAUAAACUAUGUUGAAGUUAGGUGUGCAACAUUUGAGUUUCAACCAUGACAGCAACCAAGUCUUGAGUGCUGAAAUCAAAAUGGCAGUUAAACGUUGUAGAUGAUCAACUGCUGUAUUGCAGAUACUCUGUAUAACAGUGUGUAAUUUAAAGUAUCAGUUCACAUUCAGAAUAAAAAUUUCAUAAUAAUUCACUCACUGUCAUAUGAUCCAAGAUGUGCAUGUCUUUUUAAGGAUUUUUCUCCAUAUAGGGGACUUCAGUGGUUGCCAAUGGGUUGAAUGUCCAAAUAGCAGUUUGAAUGCAGCUUUGCAGAAUUCUGCAUGAUCCCAGGCAAGGAAUAAGGGUCUUAUCUAGGGAAAUGAACUGUCAUAUCCUUAAAACAAUAUAUUAUCCGCACAUUAUGAUAAAACAAUGCACAAUGGCACACACAAAAACACACACAUGCUUCUAAACGAAUUUUUUUUUUUUUUUUGGAAAAUUACAAAUUAUUUCGUAAGAUAAUACCCUUAUUCCUUGGUGUAAUUUAACUGCAUUCAACUCACCUGUUGUGCACCAUCGAAGUCCACUACAUGGAGAAAAGUCUGGAAUGUUUUCUCCUAAAAACCUUAAUUUCUUUGCAACUGAAGACAGAAAUGCAUGAUAAUCUUGAAUUACUGGCGGGUGAGUAAAUUAUGAGAAAAAUGUUAUUCUAGAAGUGAACCUAUCCUGUAAGUCUAUUCUUAAAUUAUAUACGUGCAAAUUUACUUAACAUCCUGGAAAAACGAGUUCAUGACAGCUUUAUUUAGACAUAAUGUUUAGCAAUAUUGAGUUGUACUGUAUUUCUUCGUCCAUUCUCUUGUGUUAGGUUUUUUACUGUCAGCAGUUACGGAUCCCAGCGCGUCUUUUGUUUAAAUAAGAUGUCUGCUCUGGAAAUAUGUUAUUUAUUGCUUCUUUUUUUUUUCGACAGUAGCCCCUCACGAGAAUGACAUUAUGAUAUGUGCGCAGUUUAACAGUAACUAUGGUAACUGAGCUCUAUCUGCUGUUGAAUGGAUCCUGUAGUAGUCAUACUGUUACUUUGAACCACACUCUAAAGCAACAAGGCCAGUAUGUAGGCGAUGGGAAUAUGGGAAAAAAUAAUCGUCAGGGACUGUCGACCGAGUUACAUAAGGACGCGUUACGUGAGUCAUAAACUGUACAUUUAAAUACAGUUUCCUCAGAUGUUGUUGCACCCAUACCGUCUUCCAUUUUGACUAGGACUGAUUUGAAUAAAAUGGUGAACUGUU